AGAAGUAGAUGUUCAAACGUAAAAAACCACCGUGCUAGCGUAACAACACCUCUACAAGACCUAGCUGGCGUUCAUGCCUGUCAGGGCAGUAGUGGCAAGUGAAUGCCCCCAGCGACUUCCCCCCCACAAACAGUCACUGUCACCUCGCAGCCGGUAUGACCUCGAUGUCCGCCGACGCACUAUGAGCUCUCAGCAGCGAAUGGCGCCAUUGCUGCAUGAGUAUAAAUGUCAAACCCUGUCAUCAAGUCCUGGAUGCCAGCCUGCAUCGGUCUUGCACUGUCCCUUCUGCAAUCUCGUUCUCCUCACCAUAGUGCUGCAAACCAGAGGCACAACGCACGCAUGUGCACAUCCUUGUCGCGGUGGCGUUGUUCAUGCUGUAGGUGCAGAAGGCAGCAGCCCACGGUAUCGUGCCGUUCUCCGCCAUGGGACUCGCAUACUCGUCGGGAUAGCUCUUGUACGCUAGCAUCCUCUCUGCCCUUCCCGCUCCUUCCUUCUGGGGCGUCGGCGCGCGCUCGUGGCCGAUCUCCUGACCCCCACAGCGCGUUAAGGAAGGAAGGAACGCGAUCGCAGAACGGCGUUUCCCUUCGCCGCAUGACCCACACACGAUACCUCAUCUCCCCCAGGCUCAACGCAAUCUCCCUGUGACGUCUAACUCAGCAGCUCCCUUAUCGCCGGCCUGUGCUCCUGAGUGCGUCAGAGCUGGCAAGCGUGCCCACUAUCGUAUGGUUCUUCUGACGUGUGACUCCAGACCUCGCUACCCCGGGCCCACUUUUCCGACGAUAGCAGUGAGGGCACGGUCCUGACGGGGCU